AUGGUUGAUUGUAGUAGAUUAUGUCGUAAUCUAGUUUUGAGCUCUUCUCUACAGAGUCUUUCACUAAGUCGAGUGUCAAAUUGGCAAAAUUUAACAAAUCUCAUUGAAAGUGGAUGGAAACUAAAAAGUCUCAGUUUAUGUCAAUGUAACAUUGAUUUUAGUGAUAUUGAGUUGUUAGUGAAAUCAUUAAGAUCAAAUGCUUCAAGUAUCACAGACCUUAGUCUGUCGAAUAAUAACUUAUCUGAGGAUAGCGUAAUUAAACUUGGAGGAGCACUUCUUUCCGAAUUAUUUUCACUAACUAUACUUGAUCUUUCGAACAAUCCAUUAAGUCUAACUUGUAUUGUUUGUCUAAUCAAAAUGCUUCAUUUUAAUACAGUACUUAGAGUAUUGGAUAUUCGAGCAUGUUUGAAACGAGAUGAUCAAGAAUGUAAGAAAGCUAUAGUUGAUCUAAUCAGAAUGAAUGAAUUUGUUGAGAUUCGAUGGAAUGAUUGA